CAGGCGGGACGGGCAGGACUGGAGGCAGUGUAACUGGCGUCCAGCCGCUACUCUGUUGGAAUAUGCAGCGUAGAGAUGGGCGGGCGGGUUAAACCUUGGGGCCGGACACUGGAGGACGCGAGCCGGGACUCUGGUUACGGGGGCGCUGCAGACUCGGUACGCUCUUCUUCCACCAGCCUGUCACUGUGCUGUUCCCCGGCCACUCAUGGAGCGGAGCCCCGCGGCGUGGGCACCGGCGGCGGGGGCGCUGGCAGUAGUAGCUGCGGCUCGGUGAGCGGGACUCUGGCCGAGGAGGCCGACAUGCUGGAGUGUCGGCUGCCCGAGCCCGAGGAGCUGCCCUGGGUUCUGCCGCAGCUGCAGGCGGUGCUGGGCUCGGUCCAGCAGCAGCCGCUGGCCGAGUGUCCGCGGGACUCGCUGCGCCGCCUCUCCUGGCUGAUCAGCCGGCCGCUCCUGCGGGUGUCGAGGGAAGCGCAGCGGCUGAGCCUGCGGUACGCCCGCUGCGGCCGGGCCGAGGUGCAGAGCGCCCUGCGGGCGGUGCUGUCCUGGCCGCUGGCCCGGGGCUGCGUGGAGGCCGGACUGUCCGCCCUCUCCCUUUACAACAUGAGCAGUUGCCGCGGCUUCGGCCAGGGCAAGUCGGCCAGGUGUGGCCUCACCCUGUCGGUCGGUAGCUUCUUCAGGUGGAUGGUGGAGAGCGGACUGGCCCCGCGGAUCCACCAGCACGCCGCUAUCUAUCUGACAGCUGCGAUGGAGAGUCUGCUGAAGGAGCUGCUGCUGCGGAUCCUCCAGAACGGGGAGGCCAGCUCGAAAAUCACCCUGGAAGCGAUCGAGCAAACUGUCAACAACGACCCGGAGUUCUGGGGCAUCUGCCAACCUUAUCUGCACCUCCUGUGUGGCAAGAAUGCACAGGGAAUCCUGAGCCUGCCUGAGAGCCUGAACUUGAGCAAAGAGAUGUGCAAGUCUGAAGGAGCACCAAUGUAUAGUCAGUCCGAGCUCCGAGCUAUUGAACAGUCCUUAUUGGUCACCCGUGUGGGGAGCAUUGCUGAACUCAGUGACCUGGUAUCUCGGGCAAUGCAUCACCUGCAGCCGCUGAAGUGGACACAGUGUGGGAAUGGAACGCCAGUCCAUCAUAAACAGGGACCGCUGCACUGGGAGUCUGAGGCCCUCUAUACCCUCUGUUACUUCAUGCACUGUCCACAGAUGGAAUGGGAAAACCCGAAUGUGGAGCCAUCUAAAGUCAGCCUCACCAUGGAGAGGCCAUUCCUGGUACUGCCCCCGUUGAUGGAGUGGAUACGAGUGGCUGUGGCCCACGCUGAGCAUCGCCGAAGUUUUUCCAUUGACAGUGACGAUGUGCGACAAGCUGCCCGCCUCUUGCUUCCUGGAGUUGAUUGUGAACCUCGCCAGCUAAAAGCUGAUGACUGCUUCUCUGCCUCCCUGAAACUUGACGCAGCAGCGACUGAGGCCAAGUUUCACCAAGGGCUGGGAUUCCGCAUGUUGAACUGUGGCAGGACAGACCUGGUCAAUCAGGCCAUUAACCUUCUGGGACCUGAUGGCAUCAACACCAGGAGUGAGCAGGGUCUGAGUCCACUAAUGUAUGCCUGUGCUCGGGGAGAUGAGGCCAUGGUCCAGAUGUUACUUGAUGCCGGAGCAGAUGUACACUGUGAGGUUCCCGGCCCAUCUCUCAAGUACCCGUCUAUCCCUUUGGAGACACGACACUGGACUGCUCUGACCCUGGCUGUGCUACAUGGUCACAUUGCUGUAGUUCAGUUGCUGCUCGAUGCUGGUGCGAAUGUCGAAGGCUCUGUCGGACAAGGGGGUGAGAAUUACUCUGAGACCCCAUUGCAGCUAGCAGCCGCAGCCGGUAAUUUUGAACUUGUGGAUAUACUCCUGGAGCGGGGAGCAGAGCCGAUGAUUGGGACGACAUGUCGGAAUGGCUUCUCAGUCACUCCACACGGUGACAUGAGUGCGUAUAGCCAGGCUGCUGCUCAUGGCCACAGAAAUGUGUUUCGGAAAUUGCUUGCCCACUCGGAGAAGGAAACGAGGAACGUAUUGUCCCUGGAGGAGAUUCUGGCCGAGGGGACAGAUCCCGCAGGGUUGACCUCAAAUUUCACAGGCUCCAACCGGAGCAACAAGGCCCGACUGAAUGUCCUGAGGGAGGCCGUGUAUCACAGCUCUGAGCAUGGAUACGUCGACAUUACCAUGGACAUCAGGGGCUCUGGUGUCCCGUGGAACCUGCACUCAUGGUUAUUAUCCCUGAACACGGCAUUCCUGCAACACCGCAGACUGGUCAUCCAGUGCAUCCUGAAGGAGUUCAACACCAUCAAGGAGGAAGAGUACAGUGAUCAGGCCCUCCUCCUUCAGGGUCUACCACUCCUGUUUCAGAUCCUGAGAGCCAGCAAGAAUGAAGCAAUCAGUCAGCAGUUGGCAGGGAUUUUUGUCCAAUGUUAUGGUCCUUAUCCAAUUCCCAAGUUUACAGAGAUCAAACGGAAGCAGAUUUCCCGGCUAGAUCCUCACUUUCUGAAUAACAAAGAGAUGUCGGAUGUUACAUUUCUUGUGGAGGGGAAACCGUUUUAUGCUCACAGAGUGUUACUGUUCACUGCCUCACCCAGGUUUAAGACGCUACUUUCAAGCAGGAUGUCCUCAGACAAUUCAUCCAGUAUUUUCAUCGAAAUUGGCCACAUAAAGUACAACAUAUUUAAGAUGGUGAUGCAGUAUCUUUACUAUGGAGGUACAGAGACCCUGCAGAUUAGAAACAGCGAUAUAUUAGAGUUGUUAUCAGCAGCAAAGUUCUUCCAGCUUGAGGCUUUGCAGCGACACUGUGAGCUCUUAUGUACGAAGAUUAUCAAUGUUGACAACUGUGUGGAAAUGUAUAAUCACUCCAAGUUUGUUGGAGCUGCUCACCUUUCUGCGUUCUGUGAAGGACACUUCCUGAAGAAUAUGGUCUCUCUAAUGGACAAUGAAGCUUUCAAGCAAUUACUGUACUCCCCUGUGGAGGAGUCACAGGGACAUGAUGUGCUGCAUGAUUUAGAGACUGCACUGGCAGCAAGAAUCCAGUCAAUACACCUGUCAACCUCAAAGGGAUCCAUCGUGUGACCCAGGCAUAUCGUUGACCUGUUUGGUUUCAGACGUUGUUGUUUAAGCUUCGGGUCUGAUGAAAAGUAACUGCAUCUUGCUAAGAGGUGUGGGAGCAAGUAACAGAAUUGGGAUGGGUUCCAUUGCAGCCCUCUGUGCUCUCCCUUUCACUCUGUACAACAUACUCUAAGUGUCUCUCCAAGGUCCCCCAUCAACCUCCUUUAGAUUCACAGCCAGCAAAAGCACAUUUACUCAGCUCCUGAAGAAACAAGCACUUAACAACAGUUUGGUGCAGCAACAAGGGAUUAGACCUUGUCUUGGACACAGCGGUCUAUCUCUUAACCUGUUUCAUAUUCACUGUGAAGCCAUUGCCGAGAAAGAGAGAGGGAUGGCGGUCAGGACAAGUCAGGAAGUGUCUGGCACUUUCUGUGUAUGAGGUGGUUUAUAAGUGAAGGAUGAAUAUUCAGAAACUGAAGUGUUUCCUCUGGACUCAGAACCAUGCACCAGCCUAGACCAGCUCAGCACAAAUCGAAGGAGUUAGUGGUAUGAUAGUAAGGUCACUGGACAAGUAAUCCAGAGGCCCAGGCUGACGUUGUACCGUCACUGGUUCAAAUCCCACCAUGGCUCUAAUGGAAUGUGGAUUCAAUCAAUUAAUAAAAAUUAUUUAAUAAA